CGGACUCAUUGGACGCAGCUGGGCCAUGGUGUUUGCUGCUGGAGGCUUCAAAGUGAAACUCUAUGAUGUUGCACAACAGCAGCUAACAAGCGCACUGGAAAGUAUGCGCAAACAAAUGAAAGACCUGGAGAAGGCGGGGUUCCUGAAAGGAGCUUUGGGUGCGGAGCAGCAGUUGGCGCUCAUCAGUGUCUGUACAGACCUGAAGGCAGCAGUAGAGGGUGCUACUUUCAUUCAGGAAUGUACUCCAGAGAACCUGGAACUGAAAAAGAAGAUUUUUGGCCAGUUAGAUCUUAUUGUCGGUGACAAUGUCAUCUUGAGCAGCUCGACCUCUUGUCUCUUACCCAGCAAAUUGUUCACUGGCCUUAAGCAUGUUAAGCAGUGUAUUGUGUCACAUCCUGUAAAUCCACCUUACUUUGUGCCGUUGGUCGAAAUUGUUCCUCAUCCAGAAACAGAUCCUUCUACUACAGAGAGGACAUACGCCCUCAUGAAGAAGACUGGUCAAUCUCCUGUCAAACUCAACAGAGAAAUCGAGGGGUUUGUCCUGAAUCGGCUCCAGUAUGCAGUGAUAAGUGAAGCCUGGAGACUUGUGGGUGAAGGAGUACUAUCUCCGACUGAUCUAGACCUUGUGAUGUCUGAUGGAUUGGGAAUGCGAUACGCAUUUAUUGGACCUCUGGAAACCAUGCAUCUUAAUGCAGAAGGUUUUGCAAAUUAUUGUGAAAGAUACCAUGAAGGUAUGAGUCUUGUUCUGAACACCUUUGGACCAGUUCCAGAAUUUUCGGGUGAAACUGAGCAGAAAAUCCAUCAGGCAAUGUCUGAAAAAAUUCCGGUUGUUCCAGAAGUCCUGGAUGCCAGGAGAAAAUGGAGAGAUGAAUGUCUCACUGGUCUUGCCAAACUGAAAAAACAAUUGAAAUCUGACUGA